AUGAAGAAGUGGGUGGAGUCUAUCACGAAGAUCAUCCAGAGGAAGAAAACAGGCUCAAGCCAACGGCCCCGUCACAACAUCACGUUCGAGAGCUUGCCGCCUCCCAUCGAGUGGCACCUGUGUAAAGCAGGACAGAUGGAUCAGUUUGACCUCAUGACCCUUCACCCCAUCGAGAUCGCCCGACAGCUCACACUGCUGGAGUCAGACUUCUACAGGGCGGUUCAGCCGUCAGAGCUGGUGGGCAGUGUUUGGACUAAAGAAGACAAGGAGAUCAACUCCCCGAACCUGCUGCGAAUGAUCCGCCACACCACCAACCUCACGCUGUGGUUCGAGAAGUGCAUCGUAGAAACGGAGAACGUGGAGGAGCGUGUGGCUGUCGUAUCACGCAUCAUCGAGAUCCUGCAGGUCUUUCAGGAGCUCAAUAACUUCAACGGCGUUCUGGAGGUGGUGAGCGCCAUGAACUCAUCGCCCGUCUACAGACUCGACCACACCUUCGAGCAAAUCCCCAGCAGACAGAGGAAGACUCUGGAGGAAGCUCAUGAACUCAGUGAAGAUCAUUAUAAGAAAUAUCUGGCUAAGCUCAGGUCCAUCAACCCGCCCUGUGUGCCCUUCUUUGGGAUUUAUUUAACAAAUAUUCUGAAAACUGAGGAAGGAAAUCCAGACUUCCUGAAGAGACACGGCAAAGAGCUGAUCAACUUCAGCAAACGGCGGAAAGUGGCGGAAAUAACGGGAGAAAUCCAGCAGUACCAGAACCAGCCGUACUGCCUCCGUGUGGAGAACGACAUACAGAAGUUCUUUGAGAACCUGAACCCGAUGGAGGACAUGACGGAGAAGGAGUUCGCCGACUAUCUGUUCAACAAAUCUCUGGAGAUCGAGCCGCGUAACGCUCGCACACUGCCUCGAUUCCCAAAGAAGUACAGCUAUCCUCUGAAGUCUCCGGGUGUUCGCCCGUCCACCGUCCGCCCAGGAACCAUGCGGCACCCGACGCCGCUGCAGAACGAGCCCCGAAAGAUCAGCUACAGCCGCAUCCCGGACAGUGAGACGGAGAGCAGCGCCGCUUCAGCUCCCAACUCUCCCCGCACUCCACUGACGCCUCCAGCAGCCUCCACCACAUCCAGCUCCACCGACAUCUGCAGCGUGUUCGACUCGCCACAGCCGCCCUCCAGCCCCUUCCACUCCAGAUCUUCCUCAGUGUCCUCGAUGAUGAGUUUCCUCCGGAAUGACGAGCUUCCCGUUCCUCCGCCGAUCCCACCGCGCCGCCGGCCGGAGUCUGCGCCCGCCGAGGCCUCGCCCUCCAAGAUGAUGUCCAAGCACCUGGACAGUCCUCCGGCGAUCCCCCCGCGGCACCCCACCACUAAAGUGUACUCGCCCCGUUACUCUCUGACAGAGCCGCCCGACAGCCCCCCCACCCUGCCGCCGCGGGAGCCGGUGCGGACCCCAGACGUGUUCUCCAGCUCCCCGCUGCACCUGCAGCCGCCUCCACCGGGACGCCGCUCCGAAGCCAGCCAGGCCUUCUUCCCUCCGCAGAUGCCCGGGCCACCCGUCCCGCCGCGCCACAGCACCUCGCAGUCACCCAUCCCCAAACUCCCGCCCAAGACCUACAAGAGAGAGUCGGUGCACCGUGACGGGCCGCCGCUGCUGGAGAACGCCAACCCCUCGUAGACGCGCUUACAGACAGUGCUGCAGACCAGACGACAGCAACAUGUGCCCUUAAAGGGGCGGUUCAGCAGAGAAACGGGAAUUCUGUCAGUGCUUAGUCACCCUCAAGCUGCUCCAAACCUAGAUGAGUUUCUUUCUACUGCUGAACACAAAGAAUAUGUGUUUUCCAUGUAAUGGAAAUAAAGGGGAACUGGAAAUUUGCUACCAGUAUUCUUCAAAAAUAAUUAAAAGACAACCCCAAAAUAUUUAUAUUUUUAGAAUGUUGGUAACCAAACAGCUGACGGCACCCAUAGACUUCCAUAGUAUUUAUGCUCCAUGUAAUAGUCAGCGGGAACCAAAAUUGUUUUGUUACCAACAUUUUUUUAAUAAUUAGAAGACACUUAGAAGAACCCCUCAAAAAAACAAACAAAAAAAACAAACAGCUGACGGCACCCAUAGACUUCCAUAGUAUUUUAAGCCCAUGUAAUGGAAAUCAAAAAUCUGAAAUUUUGUUAACAUUCUUAAAAAUAAUAAGAACACACUUAGAAAAACCGUAAAAAAAAAAAAA